CAUCAUUAAAACAGGAACCCCCUGCUGUUGUCCUCGCUCCACCGUCCACUCUCCACACACAUCACACUGCGCGAGAGCCGACACCGGUCUCAGUCUGGGAGGAGACGCCAUGGCGAGCGAGCGCAAUGGCGACGGGGGCAAGGAGCGCGCCGGGGAGAACGGCAACGGCGGUGGCGUGUCUCCGGAGAUGCCGGAGAUCAGGCACACCAAGCUCUUCAUCAACGGGGCCUUCGUCGAUGCCGUCUCCGGUAAGACAUUCGUGACGAGGGAUCCGCGCACCGGGGAUGUGAUCGCCAACAUCGCUGAAGGCGACAAGGAGGAUGUGGACCUGGCGGUGAAAGCGGCAAGAGAGGCCUUCGAUCAUGGCAAAUGGCCUCGCAUGCCCGGAUCCGAAAGAGGGAGGAUCAUGAUGAAGUACGCGGACCUGGUGGAGGAGCAUGCGGACGAGCUGGCCCUGUUGGAGAGCCUGGACGCCGGCAAGCCGCGCAUGGCGACCAGGGCGGUCGACGUCGGGACCUCCGUCAGGUCCCUACGCUACUUCGCCGGCGCAGCCGACAAGAUCCACGGCGAGACGCUCAAGAUGUCGAGGCAGUUCCAGGGGCACACCCUGCGCGAGCCCAUCGGCGUCGCCGGGCUCAUCAUCCCCUGGAACUUCCCUGCCAUCAUGUUCUUCUCCAAGGUCGCCCCGGCGCUGGCCGCCGGCUGCACCAUGGUCGUCAAGCCCGCCGAGCAGACCCCGCUGAGCGCCCUGUUCUUCGCUCACUUGGCCAAGCAGGCGGGAGUCCCGGAUGGGGUGAUCAAUGUGAUCACCGGCUUCGGCCCAACAGCUGGAGCAGCGAUCGCGUCUCACAUGGACGUCGACAUGGUCAGUUUCACGGGAUCAACGUCAGUUGGGAGGCUCAUAAUGGAGGCGUCGGCGAGGAGCAACCUGAAGCCGGUGUCCCUGGAGCUGGGCGGCAAAUCUCCGCUCAUCGUCUUCGACGACGCGGACGUGGACAUGGCCGUGGGUCUCGCCAUCAGCGCCAACUUCUUCAACAAGGGAGAAGCUUGUGUUGCAGCGAGCCGUGUGUACCUGCAAGAGGGCGUCUACGAUCGGUUCGUGAAGAAGUUGGCGGAGCGCAUGGAGAGUUGGGUUGUCGGGGACCCUUUCGAUCCUCGCGUCAAUCAAGGGCCUCAGGUAGACAAGGCUCAGUAUGAGAGGGUGCUCAGCUACAUCGAACAUGGCAAGAGAGAAGGGGCCACCGUCGUGGCGGGAGGGAAGCCCUGUGGCCAGAAAGGUUACUACAUCGAGCCCACUGUUUUCACUGAUGUUAAGGAUGACAUGAUCAUAGCAAAGGAGGAGAUCUUCGGGCCCGUCAUGUGCCUGAUGAAGUUCACGACGGUGGAGGAGGCGAUCGCGAGGGCCAACGACACGAGGUACGGGCUGGCGGCGGGGGUGGUGACCAAGGACAUCGACGUGGCCAACAGGAUGACGCGGUCGAUCCGCGCCGGGGUGGUGUGGGUCAACUGCUACUUCGCCAUGGACGCCGACUGCCCGUUCGGGGGCCGCAAGAUGAGCGGGUUCGGCAAAGACGACGGCAUGCACGCGCUCGACAAGUUCCUCGCCGUCAAGUCCGUCGUCACCCCCGUCUACGACUCGCCCUGGCUCUAGGCUACAUCUCUCUGCCUGGUUUGCUUCUCUUGUGUGUGCACAGUUAGUUACCAGGAGGAGCAGCAAGGAAGAGAAGGUGAGAAGCGUUGUUCGUUGACAGGCAACGUUGUUUGUCGAUGCCGUGGUAAUAAUACCUGCCAGUAAUUUUCAUUGGUGUUCAUUUC